AGAGAUAUAUCUUAGAGGAUGGAGUGACCACCUUAGCUUAUGGUCAUUACUCCAUAACAUAAUAGUAAAACUUGUGGUAUAACUUUGUAAUUUAAUGUAGAAAUAAAAUCGUUUUAGAGACAUUUGAUUUUUAGUGCAAUAUUUGUGGCCCUAGUGGCCCUUUAUUGGGUUUCAUCCUUUCUGUGACCCUAGUGGCCUUCCUUUGGGUUUCAAGCAAUCCUUUCUGUGGCCCUAGUGGCCCUUUAUUGGGUUUCAUCCUUUCUGUGGCCCUAGUGGCCUUCCCUUGGGUUUCGAGCUAUCCUUUCUGUGGCCCUAGUGCCCCUCCAGCUCUUAGUUUGAAUGAUUUAAGAUCGAUGAUUUAAAAACAAAUCAUCAUUCCAGAUGGUCCCACGAAGGCGGAAGGAUUGCCCCAUUCCUGGGUGCGUGAGAAAUCAACUCUUGAGAUUACCAAACCAUUUUACGGUUCAUGCUUUAAGUUCUGAACAAAGAAAACCCUGGUUAGAGCAGGCGCGAGUGAUGAAURUCAACCGUCAACCGAAUGACCAUGAUUCACUUUUUAAUCAACCACUGAACAGAAUGGAUGUUCGAUUUAAAAGUCCCACCUCAAUCAUCUUGUAUGGUUGCACUUCUUCUGGCAAGACCUGCUGGACAGAAAAAUUCUUACGAUGUGGUGAAUGACAUGUUUGAUCAGCCUAUUCAGAAAAUUGUGUACUGCUAUGGAGAAUUCCAACCCCGUUUUCUUACCAUGGAAAAAGAGAUCCCAAAUCUCCACUUUGUUGAGGGGUUUCCUGAAGACAUUUAUUCUAUUUUUGACAACACCCCAGGACUGUUGGUAUUGGAUGAUUUGAUGCGAGAGAGCAGUUGUAAAGAAGCCAUGAUGGAUUUAAUGACGCGUGGCUCACAUCAUCGUCAAAUCAACACCAUGACCUUGGUUCAAAACCUAUUUCCACCAGGAAAAUUUUCAAGAACCAUUUCUCUCAACACCCAUUACAUUGUGGCUUUCAAAAACCCACGAGAUGCUCUUGGUGUUUCCACCUUGGCCAAACAAGCGUUUCCUGGUGAAGUCCCACGGGUUAUGGAGGCUUAUGAUGACGCAACCAAGCAACCCUUUGGUUAUCUGUUGUUUGAUCUCCAUCCAACCACCACCAAUGCACUACGUCUUCGAACCUUGAUUUUCCCUGAGGAUCGGCAAACCGUUUACAUCAAGCGAAUAUAAACCCGAGCAUCACAAAAAUUAUUCAU